AUGGCUGCAGCGUGGUCCAGGUUUCUGCUACCGCUGGAGCUGUCCAUCCCUCAUGGCGCUGGAUCUCCGGCACCGCGCAUCAUUCGUGGAGAGCUCCUCGCAGUUCAGCCGCAGGUCUGCAACGGGAUGCUCUACAUCAUCAUGGAAGCGGCCUCGACGGACCUGCUGCAACUGGUACAGCGAGAAGGGAAGCUGCCCUGCGCCCCAGAAGCGCGGGACAUUCGCCGCCCGGUCGUCGGCCGUGGCGAUAAACCUCCGCAGAAUCGCACUCUGGUGCACCGUGUGGACCUCAAGUGCGGUAGAAGGCGUGUUGCUCACUUCCCGGCGGCCCGGCACGGUCAGAGCGAGCCCGAUUUUGGCUUUGUAAGGAUUGGCGGUAUGGCGUAUGCAUCCCCCGAGGUUCUUAUGGGCAUCCCCUACGAUGCCAAAAAAUACGACGUGUGGAGCCUGGGCAUAAUGCUCUACGUCAUGAUUACUGGAUCCAUGCCCUUUGACGACACCCAUAUCCACAGCAUGCCCUGUCACCAGAAGAGAGGGCCCGUGUUUUCGAAGAGCCCAGCCAAUUUAGCCGAGGCCCUGCAAAAUGCUUUCGUGGGUGUGCUGUCAGUUCAGUCCCUAGAUCCGGCUAGCGUGAGACGCACGUCGCAUGGCGGCCAUUGGCUGAAGGGGGACCUCUAA